AUGUGUAAGCCUUGGAGGAAUGCCAUUAUUGUGAAGCUGCUGGGGAAAAUCCUUGGUUUCAAGGCACUCUCUACUCGUGUUAAACUCUUAUGGCAAAUUGAGGGAGGCUUCAAGAUCAUUGAUCUUGGUCAUGACUAUUUCUUAUUUAAAUUUCAGAAGAAGGAAGAUUACAGACAUGUUCUUGAUGGAGGUCCAUGGAUAAUCGGUGGUCAUUAUCUCACUGUCUGGCAAUGGUGUCCUAAUUUUCAACCGGAUUCGGAUGUCAUCAACACUAUCAUUGCUUGGGUUCGUCUUCCCCAGUUACCAAUGGAAUAUUAUUCUGCCAUGGCUAUUAGGCGUAUUACCUCUAGAGUGGGUAGGGUGAUUCGAUUGGAUAGAACAACUGAAACCGUGGAAAGAGGAGGCUUUACACGUGUUUGUGUGCAAUUGGAUUUGUCUAAGCCCUUGAAAGCAGUUGUUAACAUUGGUUCAAUGGUGCAGAAGGUUGAGUAUGAAGGUUUACAUUUGAUUUGUUUUAGAUGUGGGCAAUUUGGCCAUAGGAGGGAUGCAUGUCCCUUGAAUGUUUCUGAUGCUCCGGCUGCUGCUACAAGCACUGACAAUGGUGUCUUAAGUCAAACUCCAUCUCAAGUGAAAGAUCCACCGGAUGCUGGUUUGGGCCCCUGGAUGAUUGUGCAACGUAAGGGACGCCGUCCGAUGAAGGAAACGCCGGCAAAGGACAGGGGCAAGGCUGACGGUGAAGGGAGUGAUUCUCGGAAUCGGUCUAAUAUUGUGAUUGAUGCUGGGAAGGAUUUAAGGAACCGUUACAAUCCCUUGAAUGUCGUUUUGUUUGAUUCAUGGGAUAAAGCCAAGGAGCUGCUUUCAACGGCUGUCAAUACUUCUUCUAAGGGUGUGAAAGCUUUUACUCGAAAGGAAUGGAUUCCGAAAAAAGAGGGAGGUAUUAAAAUCGUAUCCAAGUCAGCUUUGAAGAAGGGUCAUAAGGACAAAAAGAAGGUCGAUGAAGGUGUUUUAUUUUCCCAAUCUUCUUUGGAUAAGCCUUGGGCUUCCACUUCUUUUGAGCCACCAGUAGAGUUGCUCCGCCUCCGGGUUAUCUCUGCUGCGAUUGUUAGCAAACAAAUAGAGGCAGCUGGGCAUCCUGAUGGUGAGGGCGUGAAGUCUUUAACGUCUGAUCCUUUAUCUUUGCCUCAACAACAUCCUCCGUUGACUUCGAAUUUGGUGCUGCACAAUGGUGACUUGGAUAUGGUUGUUGAUAAGAUGGAUAAUUUGUCUAAAGAAGACUCGGUUGGGGUCUGUGAGCCGUUGUGUGCUGCCAUGCAGGGUGCUGCCAACCCUGAUUUUCGACGGAAUAUGUUAGAACUUAUUCAUUCUCAUCAUGUUGAUUUGCUAAUUAUUGUGGAACCAAGGGUUAGUGGUGUGAAAGCUGAUAGAAUCAUUAGUAGACUACGUUUUGAUGGGUUCACUAAAGUUGAUGCAGUGGGUUUUUCCGGAGGUAUCUGGGUUUUAUGGAAAUCUUCUAUUGGUUUAAUGAAUGUGGUAGAGCAGAGUGAUGAGAAGUUUGGUGGAAGACCUGAACCUGUUAGGCGUAUGGAGCAAUUUAGGGAGGUUGUUGAUCGGCGACAACUUAUUGACUUGGAUGCUUCGGGUUGUAAGUUUACAUGGUCUAAUAAACAGCCACCUGGAUAUUUGAUUAAAAAGAAGUUGGAUCGUGCUCUUUGUAAUGUUCAUUGGAGACAUUCCUUUUCGGAUGCUAUUGUUCGAAACUUGCCACGAGCUCAUAGUGACCAUUGUCCUGUUGCUAUUUCUGUUUAUGGUUUGUUGAGUAGGAAUCCCUUGACUCGGCCUUUCCGAUUUGAGGCUGCGUGGCAAUCCCAUGAUUCAUUUCCGUUGGUACUUUCGGAUGCCUGGAAUUCUGCUGAAUCUCUCAAUCAUUCAUUAUCUCAUCUUCGGGAAGCUUUGGGUAUUUGGAAUAAGAAUACUUUUGGGAAUAUUCAUCGGAGGAAGCGACUCUUAAUGGCAAGAUUAGGAGGGGUUCAGCGUGCACUUGAAACUAGGCCGAAUCCAUUCUUAUAUCGGUUAGAGAAGGAGUUAUCCGAUGAGUUCAAUUUGGUGUUGUCACAAGAGGAGAUGCUUUGGUUUCAGAAAUCACACUCCAAUUGGAUGGUUCUUUCACAUUUCAAGUCGGUUUAUCAAGCCGAAAGGUUGGUUGUUGAUUUUGAUAACCUUUGUCCUCAUAUUCGAAUGCCUUUGAAUGAUGAACAUGUCCUGCUUUUAUCUCAUAUUCCUCAUGAUGAUGAGAUUUAUGGUGCUUUAAAAUCUAUGGCUCCGUAUAAGUCUCCGGGUCCGGAUAGAUUCCAAGCAGCUUUUUAUCAAGCUAAUUGGGAGGUUGUGCGCGAGUCUGUUUGUAGCUUUGUGAGAAAUGCUUUUAUUACAGGGAAUUUUGAGGAAGAAUUAAGUCGUGUUUUGGUUGUACUAAUUCCUAAAGUUGAGUCUCCGAAGAAGGUUACUCAGUUCCGGCCUAUUUCGCUUUGUAAUGUCACUGUUAAGCUCUUGUCGAAAUUGCUUGUUACUCGACUUAGGCCUAUGCUUCGGGAUUUAAUUUCUCCAAUGCAAAGCAGUUUUAUUCCGGGUCGGGGUACUACUGAUGAUAUUGUGGUGUUACAGGAAGUUAUUCAUACUUUAUCUAGGAGGAAGGGUAGAGUUGGUGGAAUGGUUAUGAAAGUGGACUUAGAGAAGGCUUAUGAUCGUAUCAGUUGGGAUUUUCUGCGUUGGGUUCUUAUGGAUCUUGAUCUUCCAUCUACUUUGAUUAAUCUGAUUAUGUUUUGCAUUACUAGUACCCGGAUGAAUAUUUUGUGGAAUGGGGAAUUGACUAAGUAUUUUCAACCUUCAAGGGGCCUUAGGCAGGGAGACCCUUUGUCUCCAUAUCUAUUUGUUCUCUGUUUACAGAAGUUAUCUGAUAUGAUCGAUUCAGCGGUGGAUUCGGGCUCUUGGAAGACUAUUAAAAUGACCCGUAGAGGGCCUUCUCUGUCACAUAUUUUCUUCGCUGAUGAUUUGAAAGUCAAUUUUACGAAAUCUCUUGUCUAUUUUUCGCCUAAUGUUUCUCCACAAUUGGUGAGUAGUGUUGUUGAUCAAACAUGCAUGUCUUCUUGUGAUGAUUUGGGUCGUUACUUGGGAGUACCUUUACUUCAUCGUAGGGUAUCUCGACAUACUUAUGAUCAUCUUGUGGAUAGAGUGAAGAAGCGUUUAGCUUCAUGGAAAGCUAAUAGUUUAUCGCUUGCAGGCAGGGCUACUCUUGUACAAUCUGUUACAAGUUCGAUGCCGGUGUAUACGAUGCAAACUUCUAAGUUGCCUAGUUCAGUUACUAAUCAGAUUGACUCGCUUAAUAGAGAUUUUUUAUGGGGUUCUACGGAUGAUAAGAAGAAGGUGCCUUUAGUUAAGUGGGAUUCAGUUUGUCAGUCUAAGAGCUCGGGUGGUCUGGGGUUUCGAAAGCUUGGAAUGAUGAACCAAGCACUGCUGGCCAAGAUGGGUUGGAAGCUGGAGAAUGAGGAUCCUGGUGAGACUUCUAUGGAUAUUGGUUGGAAAAAGAUUUGGAGGUUGGAUGUUCCACCUAGAGUUAAGCAUUUUCUUUGGUUGGUUCGACAUGGUCGUCUCCUCACUAAAUUGGCAUGUUUUCGCCGACACAUCACUUCUAUUGCUACUUGUUCUCGAUGUGGGGUGGCUGAUGAAUCGGUUCUUCACGUUCUUAGAGAUUGUGGGACGUCGCAAUCAAUUUGGUCGCGCUGGUUACAUGGUGCCAGGUCUACUGUCUUCAUUGGUUGGUCGAAACCACCUACAGGUUUUGUUAAAGUCAAUGUUGAUGCAGCAGCUCGAACAAAUCCGGGAGAAUUGGCAGCUGGUGGGAUUUGUAGAAACCCUGAGGGUGCUUGGAUUUUCGGAUUCACUUGUAAGCUGGGUUGGGGCCACAUUUUGAAAGCUGAGUUGUAUGCAAUUUUCCAUGGCAUGCGGGCUGUUUGGGAUGCUGGUUAUAGGCUGGUUAUUGUGGAAUCCGAUUCACUUGUUGCGGUAAACAAAAUCAUGCAGCCUCCUAUGUCACAGGACCCGAUGUUCCAAGUUAUUCAUAGAUGUCGUGAGUUGCUUCAGCGGGAUUGGCAGUGUUUCUUGGUUCAUACUUAUCGUGAAGCUAACAUGUGUGCAGAUUUUUUGGUAAGUUGGGCCUAUCAAGGGUCGUUUGAUGUUACUAUUUUGGAUCAUCCUCCGGGUGUACUUCAUCACUUUAUUGAGGAAGAUAUCUGGGGCAUGUCAAGGCCUAGGGCCAUUGUUAGCUAA